AUGGCCGCCCCCGGCCAACCUUCCCCCCAGCAGCUGGCCGCUAUGCAGCAGCAGUUCGCUGCUGAGGCGGCCAAGCGAGGAAUGACCCCCGAAGACUUUGCCAAACAACAGCGCGAGCAAUUAAAUGCUGAAGCCGCAAAACAUGGCGUAUCGACUGAGGAAUAUGUCGCGCAACUCAGGAUGCGUGCAAUGGCUGCCCAGCAGAAGGCCGCCGAGGUUCAACGGCAACUCAACGCCAAGGGCGAGGGCUCGGGACAGCCAGGUCAACCAGGUCAACCUGGUCAGCCUCGACAGCCCGGUCAAGGCCCGCAGGCGCACACGCAACAGGUUCCUGUUAAUCCAAACAAUCCAAAGGAUCCCAAGGCGAUUGCAGUUGCGCAAUUCCUGCAAUCGCAAAACCUGAAGCCGAGAACAUGCAUCAUGGACGGGCAAAGGAAAGAUAUGUUCAAGGUGAAACGUGCAAUCCGUGCCCUUGAAUCACCUGCAUAUGCGAAAGCUCAGAAGAAGAACGCUCUCCUGCCGCCAGUGACCGACCGCGCCUCGGCUGAAAACGUAUUCAAGCUCCUCCCCUUAUCCAUUCUUGCCCUUCGAGUCUCGAAGGUCGAUCCUCAUGCUGGCCACAACCAUGGCAAGGCGAAGAGAGUCAAGGGACUAUGGACAGUGAAAAUCGAGCAGCACCAGGAAGCCGAUCCGAUGAUGCACUACGUCUGGCUGUAUGAGGGCCCGCAAUGGAAACAGAAGGCAAUGGCUGCUGCCGUAGUGGCCGGAAUAUUUGCGGUCGUACUGUUCCCUCUUUGGCCCAUGGUUUUGAGGCAAGGAGUGUGGUACUUGAGUGUAGGCAUGAUGGGCCUCCUUGGUCUCUUCUUCGCCAUGGCUAUAUUUCGUCUUAUUCUGUUCUGUAUCACCGUCUUUGCGGUACCCCCUGGUCUCUGGCUCUUCCCCAAUCUUUUCGAAGAUGUCGGUUUCUUCGAUAGCUUCAAGCCCACAUGGGGAUGGCAAGAGAAGAAGAAGUCCAAGAAGGCUCCAACUGCCCAGGCUGCGGAGUCGGCUCCAACGGCAACUACGACUGCAACUGCAAGCGCAGACACAUCUGGUCCAGUAAAGCGUGACCUAGCACCCCGUGUUGAGGAAGUUACGGAGGAGUGA